AUGAAUUCGAUUAGCGCAACAUUUACACCUGACGCCUCGGGCCAGUCGCCCAAGCAAGUAUCGACACUCCCGCAGCUCAAGUUAAACGAUGGCACCACCAUUCCCAUGCUGGGAUAUGGUUUAGGCACUGCCAACUUCAAGUCUGCGGAUUCCAAGGGCAAGUUCGACCAGACCGUAGUCAAACACACAAAGGAGGCCAUCGCCAACGGGUUUCGCCACUUGGACGGCGCCGAGGGCAAGUACACUCUUCUAUCCCGAACAUCGAGAACAAAAGGCGGUGUGCCGCGCGAGGAGCUCUACAUUACCACCAAGCUCCCUGCCCUAGGCAAGACGAACACUCAGGAGCGAUUCGAUGCCUCUCUCAAGAAGCUCGGCGUCGACUACGUCGACCUGUACCUGAUCCACGGCCCCUGGUUUGCCGAGGGGUCUGAGGAGGCGCUGCAGCAGAAAUGGGCCGAGCUCGAGGCCAUCCAGGCCUCGGGCAAGGCCAAGUCCAUUGGCGUAUCCAACUUUCUGCAGGAGCACCUCGAGGCCAUCCUCAAGACGGCCAAGGUCAUCCCCGCCAUUAACCAGAUCGAAUUCCAUCCGUAUCUGCAGCACGGCGACCUGCUCGCCUUCCACCGCAAGCACGGCAUCGCGGUCGCGGCCUACGGCCCGCUCACGCCCAUUGUCCGCGCCGCGGGCGGCCCCGUCGACGCUAGGUGGGCGGAGCUCGCGAAAAAGUACGGCGUCACCGAGGGCGAGGUCGGCCUGCGCUGGUGCAUCGACCAGGGCAUUGUGACGUUGACCACCACGAGCAACUCCGACAGGAUGCACCGCUUCGUAACGCAGGUGCCCAAGUUCAAGCUCACCCCGAAGGAGGUGGAGGAAAUUGCCGAGCUGGGCAAGCAGAAGCACUUUCGUGGCUUCUGGGGCAACAAAUUCGCCGCGGACGAUAGAAGCUAG